AUGUCUCCCAGAAAGGCUGGCACGCCUGAGUACGCGUCGUGUCUCCCAUUUGUGGACAUGCAGAAAGCACGCAAAGGCGAAGAGGAAAUCGACAGCACAAAGGUCAACAGGGACGAAUGGCGUCCUGCCAUUGCUAUGCACCUGGCAACCACCCCCCACUUCGUCCAACACUUCAUACAGACACAAGCCCAACCUGACCAGUAUUCAAUCGUGGGAUCUUGGCUCGCUCAGGUCUACUGUAGGGGACGUUACGCUGUGAACAAGAGUUUCGGAGACUGGAUCCGGCAAUGGUGGGUUCUGAACAAGGACGACGUUGUGCAAGACGCACAGAAUCUCAUUCUGGAGGUCUACCACAAGCCGAAGACCGACAUUGCCGCAAUCCGCACGCGGAUUCCGGAUUUCGACACAUACAGCGACAAAGACACCACCGCCAAGCGUCAAAAGCUUUUCAAGCUGCACACUACUCGGCUACAGCUGAGGACUGUUGUCUCCGAUCUCACGACUGCCCAAUACCAUCUUGCCACGGAUAUACUCAACUGCUUGUCCGAAGGCGACACAGAAUCAGCUCAACAGAAGCGUCAGGCAGUCAUCAAUGAGCUCACCAUGCUGGAUGAGGCGAAGGCAGAACUCCGAGCUCCUUCGAAGGAUUCCGCUCUGGACAGAGCUGCAAUCCAGAUGCUAGACGGCUUUCUCAAGGCUGUCCCGCCGCAACAGUCUUUGCACAACAUGGGCGACGAUGCCUUCGACCUGCAGAUGCCUGGGGACCUGGGUGGCACAAUCCCUGACCUUGGUGCAGCCGAUACAUCACCAAACGAACCUUCCGACGAAGAACCCACUUCAGAGGUCACCAAGGAAGAGGUUGCUGACAUCAUCAAGAAGCUCAUGGCACUGAAAGACUUCGAACCUGACUACGUCAACGGCAAGAAAGCUUUGGAGUGGGAAUCUGGUGUUUGGUUGCGCAAGACAGCUGUGAAAAAGCGUGCUUUCGCUGACAUUCAAGAUGUUGGCACUCUCUCUGGCCUGAAGUUCGUGGACCUGAAGACGUUGGCAGAGUAUGAGGCCGACAGUGCUGAGUGGUUGCAUUCCAUGUCAGCCUCGUGGACCCCAGAUCAGCGCGGUCAGGACUUUGAGCUCGUCUUCAGACAGUUCGAGCGAUUGACCGAACGCCCUUUGAUCUGUCGCAACACGAAACGUGGUGCAGACAUGUGGCAGACAAUUGGGAGGCACAAUCUCUCGAUUCUUGAAGACAAUGUCGUCCAUGUUCGCUGCAUCGUUGCAGAGAUGUGGCAAAAGGAUCUUUUCAGGCGCUCGACCACCGAAGACGACAUCGAUCUUGCCAUGAGACGCCUGUACGCCUUGCUCUCCCUCCUCUUCGGCGCCUGUGAGGAGCCUGGCAUCCUUUGCACUGUUCUUGAUCGCCUCCUCGAGGACCUUGCAGGCCUACUCAAGGGGCAUGUUGACCCCAAGAUGGAGACAAUCAGGAUGUCUCGCGCGAUGGAGGCCAUCUCCCAGAGCAGCGAAAAGAACAGAGCCAAAUACCCAUCAUUCAACCACGAGGAGAAGACGGUCGCCGACAUGAAGAUGGAGCACACUGCCCGUGUACUCUUCGCCGAGUUGGCAAGGAUGUUCCGCGGCGCAUUCAUCGGUGCUGUGGCCCAGACUCACACUUCACAGGACAGCAUGGUCAAGCACAACCACCAGAGCUGGUUUGCAGAGCUUUUGAAAUGGUCCAGCGACUGCGGCCAUCCGAGCUGCACCAGUCAAGUUGAGCUUCUCGACAUCUCGCGCGAGGAUCAAGCCAAGCACGCCGUCAAGCAAGCUUCUGGCAUCAGUGUCUCUGUCAUCGAUGCUCGCAUCGGGUUCCCGAAUGAGCGGUCGGAGAUCUCAACCAAUCGUCCUUACGCCUACCUGUGCCUUUCGAAGCUUAUACGGUUCAUGAAGUUCCACGUCGGACUUGCACCAUUCUUCCACUACUUCACUCACCUCUACCACCCAUCAUGUCGCCCCUUCCGCGGCAAGACAACCUUGAUCAACGACAUCACCUUUCAUGAGAAGCGGACUGCUCGUCGCAGUAUUCCUCAAGGCGACGAGCCGGCCGAUCCGAUGGACAUCAGCUGA